CGUCGCUGGAAAAGAGACUCUCCCGAAUCGAGGAGAAACUAAAGCAAGAAAAUAAAGAAGCUCGUAGAAGAAUUGACCUCAAUAUCGACAUGAGUCCACAACGUUCACGUCCGAGGCCAAGUGAGUAGCGUGGGGGAGUCGGUAACGGAGAGAGGACAGGGAAAAUAAGUGAAAGGAGAGGCAGAGUGAGGGCAGGAGAGAGGGGGUGUAAUAGGGAUAUGCUGCUGCUGAUAGCUAACAGGCUAAAUGGAUAAACAAAUACCCCAACUCGGGACGUUGCCCUGCCCAGAGGUGUCAUGCGUGUGCAUACAUAUCACAUAAAGAUUUUGAAACAUUGUAAACCAGUAUUUGAUAUCAGUCCAACGUUGUAACAGAAACAACUCAAUUUAAAGCCACGUCCCGAACUGUGUUUUGGUUCUGUCCUGGCAACUGCUGUUUAGCAGCAAGCUAGCUAAGUUAGCUCUAACAGGCCCCAUCAUCCAUCCGUCAGUCAAUUUGUUGUUGUGUUAAUUUCUCCACACGAAAUAAUUGGAUUUCUAUCAGUAUUUGACAUAUGUAUAUCUGGUCUAAUAUGGUUUAUUAUGCAGACAUGGCUUAUGUAAAUACAUUUCUAGCGAAACUUCCAAUAUGAUUUUGACCGAGUCAAUGUUAGCCAGCCAGCUAAGCUAACGUUAGCUUUUCGAGCUAACGCAGCUUGCCAGCUAGUUACGUGAACAAACUUGCCAGCUAACGUUCAAGAUAGCAAGCUACCCCUAAAAGUGUCUCUUGUAAAAUCACAAAUUGCACGAAUAUGGUGUUAGUAACUACAACGCUAAACAACAGCUGCUAUCUUUUCGGUGUUUCCAUUUUCUCAACCAAUUCCAUAUGUCUGAUAAGCCCCUGAUUUGUUUUGCAUUAAUGCAGUUCUCAUAGUUUGGGCAUGAUGGAUAUUUCUUUAUUUAGGAUGAGGCAGUCUUGAACAUCUUUGGGAGAUAACGUUUUGGUCAUAAUGUAGACGAACACCUCUGGCAUAAUGUGUGGACAUAAUAUAGCUGGCUAGCUAGAGACUUUGCCAGCCAAGCCACCAAAAUGCACCAUGUGGAAUUUAUCCCAACAGACCCGAUUUAGGAUCAGCUUACAGCCGAUAUGAAGGUCAAACAUUUCAAACAGGCUGGGCUCCUGCCCAAUUCUUAUGGGUGAACUUCAUCCUGCACCAUUCAAUGCCAGCCACAUUCAGUGUAAUGUGGUGGUAGGGGUACUCAACCCUAUGGUGAUAGUGGUGUGUUCGCCCUGAGGUCAAUUCCAAUACUUUUCUAUCAAGGUAUUUGAUGUGUUUUCUUAUCACUUAUUUCCCCCACCAAAUCUGACAGCAUGAAAGAUCCAGUGGUGUUUGAUUUACAACCAGCCUCAUUGGAAAGCUAAAGGCAUAGGAAAGCAAAGAUGGUAUAGAGGUAAUGCAACCCUCUUAUCUUUGACGAGCUCAGCAUUUGAGGUGUUAGUGUUUUUUAUUUUUGCACACAGCAUAUGUUUUGUUUUAUGUUUUAGUCAUUUUAGCAGACGCUCUUAUCCAGAGCGACUUAGUUAGUGGGUGCAUACAUUUUCAUACUGGUCCCCUGUGGGAAUCGAACCCACAACCCUGGCGUUGCAAGCGCCAUGCUCUACCAACUGAGCUACACGGGACUAUCUGAGGUGCUCUGAUCUAUUGAACCUUCCUUCAUUUUGUUCUGUGUGUGUGUUAGUAUGGGGGUUGUAGUUUAUUGGUGAGUCUCUGUGGGUGUUAGACAGGGUAUGUGUGAGUGAGUACGUGGCAGUGAACAGUGCAGUAAUGUGCACGUGUGUAUUUUCUCUCCUCUGUCCAGUCAUCGUGAUCCAGCUCAGUCCUGCUCCAGCUCCUUCCCAGCGUGCAGGUAUCAUUCAAUCAUCGCUCUCUCUCUGCCACUGCACCCUCCAUCCAUCCCUCUCUUUCUCACAAUCCGUUCUUUAUCCCUCUCCUUUGCUCUGCUCUCUCUCCCUAUCUCCAUGUCACUCCUCUUAUUCAACAGCAAUGGAAUAUUUCACCCUCAGUAGCGCAGAACAGAACGUACAGAAUAGCAACUUUAUACAUUCUUCAGAUGGUUUCGCCAAACCUGAAUGACUGGCCUGAAUGAUACCUUACCAGCACUGAUCAAUUCUCCUUAGAUUUGAAUUAAGGCCUAAAUGAAUUGCGGUACACAACACAUAGCCUAUUACAAUUUAUUUGUGAGAGGAGAAUACAUUGGCUAAGGCUAUUGUUGUGUAAAAGCGAUAAUUUCAGAUAUUUAGCACACAAUGGUACACAGCACACCAAAAAUAUUGUAAGACUAUUCUGAAAGUGUGGAAGCCAAGAGGCAUUUUUUUUUAGGUGGCCAUUUGCACUGUAUCCCUAGUUGGUCGCUACUCUCACCUCCCCUCUAAUCUCAUUCUCCCUCCAUCUUUCCAUCCCAUCCCUUCUUCUCCAUGUGUGAGUGCCAGUGGCAGGGCAGUGCGUGUGUAUGCCUGGGUCUGCGUGUGUGUGUGAGGAUAUUAUUAACCCCCGUUUUGCUGGAUGCAGAGACACGGUGCAUGUGGCUUCCUGCACGGCACGGUUUUUAUUUCACAGUCUAAUCCAGCUUCCCACCACCGGUUGGUUUGCAGGAGUGCUGCUGUGGCCAAACCUGACCACCUCUUCUCUUUCUCCUUUCAUGUCUGAAAUCUUGUCCUUCAGUCUGUCUGUCUUGUCUUCCAUCCAGGCUGGGCCUAUGUCUGUGUCCAAGCUGGCGUUCUCUUUGCUCUGCAGUUCAGGCUGUCUGACAGGUCCAUUUCUGUCUGUCCUGUUGUGCGUCUGUCCGUCUGUUUCUUCCAUGCUCUCUCUCUUUCUCAGGGACAGCUAGUGUUCUUUGUGCGCUCCUGGCAUCCUGGCAAUGGCAUUGUGAAUUGCCAGCGGUGCCUAAGUGGCUGAUGUGUGUUUGUCUGGAUCCAGCUGUGUGGAGGACUUUCUGGUCUUUGCUAAACCAAAAAUUGCCUGAGUCUACUACUAACCCCCACUAACCGAUUCUCUCCAGCGAGCAGGUCAUGGCUGCAGGUGAUUGAACCAGGGAUAAAAGCUACUGCCUGGCGUUGGUGCAUUUUUCUCUUGAAAAGGCGUUUUAUAGAACUGUUCAACACUGCCUCGUUGCUUUGAAAACCUCACACAAACCAAGGGCUCCAAAUGUGCCCUUUGCAAAACAUCCCCACUCACAGAUGAGGAAUGGGGCACUCUUCACACACACCGUCUAAAACACACCAUAUGACAUUUGUUGAUUUCAUCCGAAUAAAAUACAUUGAGAACGGUCUGAACUGAUGGUUUUGGGGGGGGGGGGGGGGGGGGGAUUUUGGAGUCCUCUCAAUGUCCUUUUCAGGGUGGUCUCACAGAGGUCAGAGUUCACUGAGAAAGCUCCAAUGUUAUACAGCAGAGGGUCCACUCCGUUUGGUGCUGCUAGCUAGCUACUGACUGAGCAGCAGUCUGAACGCAUGGUCUGUUUGCAUGGCGGGUCAAAGCUAACACUACUCUCGUAGCUGGUCUCCACUGCUCAGUGCUCACCCUGUCUAUCUGCCUGUGAAGUGCCGUCUCCUUGAACAAUAACACUUUUUGCCUUUGUGUCAAAUGAAGUAGUAAAAAUAGAUUGACUAAGCAAGCCUUAAAGUUCAAUUGAAGUUGUUUACCUAUGCUUUGCUAAUAUACAGGCUACGGGUUGUCUUGCUAUUGUUAAUACUUGAGGAAUGUCUUGUCGAAGUGUUCGUAUUGUGGUCUAUAGACAUUCACAGCCAACCUCUGUUGGAGACUGAACUGAUAUCCUUCUACUUACACUGGCCUGCUCUCUGUCCGUCAAGGUCAAAUUGAGCAUGGACUGCUUUCAUUCACUCCUUUCGAAGUCUAAAUAGAAACAUGGGGGAGUCCCAAAUGGUACCCCUUUCUCCCCUUAUACUGCACUGAUUCUGACCAGGGCCCAUAGGGGAUGCACACACAAUGUGUACAAACUGAGAGGCAAUAGGUGAGACCAUGAAGUAGAAUGACACCGAAUUGUUAUAAGCCAACAUAUACAGUGCAUUCAGAAAGUAUUCAGACCCCUUCACUUUUUCCACAUUUUGUUACGUUACAGACUUAUUCCAAAAUGUAUAAUAGUUUUUCUUUCUUCAUCAAUCUACACACAGUACCCCAUGAUGACAAAGCAAAAACAGGUUUUUAGAAAUAUUUAUAAAUAAUAAUAAAAAAACGAAAAUAUCACAGUUUACAUAAGUAUUCAGACAAUUUACUCAGUACUUUGCUGAAGCACCUUUGGCAGCGAUUACAGCCUUGAGUCUUCUUGGGUAUGACCCAACAAGCUUGGCACACCUGUAUUUGGGGAGUUUCUACCAUUCUUCUCUGCAGAUCCUUUCAAGCUCUGUUAGGUUGGAUGGGGAGCGUCGCUGCAAAGCUAUUUUCAGGUCUUUCCAGAGAUGUUAUAUAGGGUUCAAGUCCGGGCUCUGGCUGGGCCACUGGGUUGUUGUCCCAUUGGAAGGUGAACCUUCGCCCCAGUCUGAGGUCCUGAGAGCUCUGGAGCAGGUUUUCAUCAAGGAUCUCUCUGUACUUUGCUCCGUUCAUCUUUCCCUCAAUCCUGACUAGUGUCCCUGCCGCUGAAAAACAUCCCCACAGCAUGAUGCUGCCACCUUCAUGCUUCACCGUUGGGAUGGUGCUAGGUUUCCUCCAGACAUGACACUUGGCAUUCAGGCCAAAGAGUUCAAUCUUGGUUUCAUCAGACCAGAGAAUCUUGUUUCUCAUGGUCUGAGAGUCCUUUAGGUGCCUUUUGGUAAACUCCAAGUGUGCCGUCAUGUGCCCUUUUACUGAGGAGUGGCUUCCGUCUGGCCACUCUACAAUAAAGUCCUGAUUUGGUGGAGUGCUGCAGAGAUGGUUGUCCUUCUGGAAGGUUCUCCCAUCUCCACAGAGGAACUCUGGAACUCUGUCAGAGUGACCAUCGGGUUCUUGGUCACCUCCCUGACCAAGGCCCUUCUCCACUGAUUGCUCAGUUUGGCCAGGCAGCCAGCUCUAGGUAGAGUCUUGGUGGUUUCAAACUUCUUCCAGUUAAGAAUGAUGGAGGCCACUGUGUUCUUGGGGACCUUCAAUGCUGCAGACAUUUUUUGGUACCCUUCCCCAAAUCUGUGCCUCGACACAAUCCUGUCUCGGAGCUCUGCGGACAAUUCCUUCGACCUCAUUACUUGGUUUUUGCUCUGACAUGCACUGUCAACUGUGGGACCUUUUUAUAUAGACAGGUGUGUGCCUUUUCAAAUCAUUUCCAAUCAAUUGAAUUUACCACAGGUGGACUCCAAUCAAGUUGUAGAAACAUCUCAAGGAUGAUCAAUGGAAACAGGAUGCACCUGAGCUCAAUUUCGAGUCUCAUAGCAAAGGGUCUGAAUACUUAAGUGAAUAAGGUAUUUCUGUUUUAAAUUUUUAAUACAUUUCUAAAAACCUGUUUUCACUUUGUCAUUAUGGGGUAUUGUGUGUAGAUUGAUGAAGGAAAAAUAAUAAUUUAAUCAAUUUUAGAAUAAGGCUGUAACAUAACAAAAUGUGGAAAAGGUCAAGGGGUCUGAACACUUUCCGAAUGCACUGUAGACCUGUAACUGUCAGUGUGUUUUGAAUAGCUCGUCAGUGACAGGGAGUUAAUAGAAUCCCAGUGCUCCAAUGCUAUUUGGCUUCCUUUCCUUAGGUCUUUCUCCGUGUCACUGUCGGGUCCAAGAACUAGAUAGAUUUCCACUACAACGCUGCCCUCUAUUCAAUGCUGUAAGAUCAAUGGUCAUAAAGAAGAGCGAUGAGGAAAGAGUAUCAUUGAUUAUAGUAACACUAGCCUGUCUGUUUCUGACAACGACAAGUUUCCUAAAGCAGAAACGGGCUAAAACAGACUAGCACCCAGACUAAUAAAGGACAGCCACAGUCUUCUUCUUUUACCGUCCCUUCUUUAUAAUCCUCUCCUCCUCCCCCCAGCUCUCCAGCUGCCCCUGGCUAACGACGGAGGGGGGAGUCGCUCCUCGUCCUCUGAGAGCUCGCCCCAGCACCACUCCUACCCCAGCCGCCCGCGACACAUGCUCAACCUGCCCCCGCCGCAGUAUGGCCUGGUGAAGAGCCUGGAGAAGUACGACAAACACGCAUGCACGGAGCAUACGCGCACACAAAUGUAUACACAUGCACACAGAGCAUUCAUGUUCUGGAAAGGCAUACAGAAAGUGUCAAACGCUUUCAUUCUCACAUGCACGUCAAAUGACACACCUAACCUUUGCGUGUCUGUGCUGUGUCCCCUUAGUGCAGAGAUAGACCAGAAGCUGCAGGAGAUCAUGAAACAGACAGGCUACCUGAAGAUCGACGGCCAGGUAAGAGACAAUAUCAUAAUUGGUCAUUUAGCAGACGCUCUUAUCCAGAGCGACUUACAGGAGCAAUUAGGGUUAAGUGCCUUGCUCAAGGGCACAUGGACAGAUUUUUCACCUAGUCGGCUCGGGGAUUAGAACCAGCGACCUUUCGGUUACUGGCACAACGCUCUUAACCACUAAGCUACCUGCCGCCCCGGCAAUAUCAUUGCCUGAAGUGAUUUAUUUUUGUAAUUCUCUCUACUCAUUGAAAUAAUGUGCUGUAUUGACAAGGAGACGGGACACUAUUAUAACCGGAUAUCAUACACAGAGCAUUAUGGGUACUGUAGUACAUCAUGCUACAUGUGCCCCGUUUGUUUGUAAUUGACAUGUUGUGACUCGUCACCUGUUCCCCCUCCUCAGCGGUACCCAGCUGAGGUCAGUGACCUGAUCAGCGAGGGGGAGAUUGGCAGCGGCACGUGUGGUCAGGUGUUCAAAGUGCGCUUCAAGAAGACGGGCCACGUCAUCGCCGUCAAAGUAAGCCUCGUCCACCUCCAACCACAGCUUGUUGGCAUUAAGACAACGGUAAUAGUAAUGUAUUGCAUUUAAACAGGCAGUCUGGAAGUGCUUUUUGUUGUAUGGAAGGGGGCCACUUCACAUUUACUACUAGCACCUCAUGUCUUGAGGAUGAAAAGUCUGUCCCCCCUGCCUCCGCUCUGAUUCUGUUGUCCAGGAUGCAUUGUCUUGUUGCAGUUUGACACUUACAAUACAAUAUACUUUAUUGUCGGUUUACAUGGAAAUUCAUUUAGUGAUGUCCGCAUACAAACACAACACAAUAUAUUACAUGCAGUACAGAAAAAUGGAAAGUUAUUACACAAGUAUCAUUUACAUUUUCACAUUCAAAGUCUCUGCGGCCUGCUGUCUGACCGUGUAUUGGGUCUGCAUCUGUCCUAUGUCCCGCUGUUCAACACCCUGAUGGAAUAAAACUUGCCUUGCUCCUAUUCUUGCUGAACAGUGGGACCCUUAAUCUCCUUCCAGAGGGCAGCAGCUCGAAACAUUAGGCCUAUUCUGUUAUACAAGUGCUGUGUGGAUGUUCUACUGCCGCCUAUUUGGGUUAAGGCCGUAGCAUUGGUUUUUCCUACUGUGGCAGAACACAUAAUUCCAUGGCAGCUGAUUUGGCCAGAGGAUAUAACUGUUGGAGGCAGCCCUGGGCUGUUUGUCAGUUCAGUAUCGCUGUUCUUUUUUCUAUUGGUUUCUCUCUGGGUUUUGCCUUCCAUUGUUUAUCCUCACACAAUGAUAGUAAUUAUAUUGUAUCGUCACAGUUUCAAUUAAACACUAUUAAAUGGGGGUUAGCUUAACUGUUUAACUAUUAGGAAGUCAGUCACAACUACUCUAUGGGGGUUGCUUAUCCUUGGUGAACACAGUCAUGGUUACAAGCACAAACAACAUGGCCUACAGGGAUAAUGGCAGACACUGGAGCUGUAAAUUAUAUAUUAUAGCUAUGCAAUUUAAGAUGUAGAAUGCUAUUGUUUAUUUCGAUGUUUUGUACAGCCUUAACUGGCUGGUAUAAACUUUAUAAUCUGUGUGUUCUGUUCUUAAAAUACAUAGGCCUACCUCUAUGGUUAUAUCAUAUACAGUUUCUCUUUACCAUCUGGUGACUAAAUAGAUGAGGAGGGGGGAAUAGGUUUGGAUGAGGUGGGAGGGGGGAUAGGUUUGGAUGAGGUGGGAGGGGGAUAGGUUUGGAUGAGGUGGGGGUGUUGGAUGAGGUGGGAGGAAUAGGUUUGGAUGAGGUGGGAGGGGGAUAGGUUUGGAUGAGUUGGGAGGGGGGGAUAGGUUUGGAUGAGGUGGGAGGGGGGAUAGGUUUGGAUGAGGUGGGGGGAGGUUGGAUAGGUUGGGAGGGUGGUUGGUGAGUGGGGGGAUAGGUUUGGAUGAGUGGAGGGGUGGUUAUGGGGAGGGAGGGGAUAGGUUUGGAUGAGGUGGAGGGGGGUAGGUUGGAUGUGGGGGGGUGAUAGGUUGGAUGAGUUGUGGGUGGGAGGGGAUAGGUUGGAUGAGGUGGAGGGGGAUAGGUUUGGAUGAGUGGGGGUGUUUGGAUGAGGGGGGGAUAGGUUUGGAUGAUGGGGGGGGGAUGGUUGGUGGGUGGAGGGGAUAGGUUUGGAUGAGUGGAGGGGGAUAGGUUUGAUGAGGUGAGGGGGAUAGGUUUGGAUUUGGAGGAGGGAGGGGGGGGUAAGUUGCUGGAAACAGCUGAUACUCUGGAAUGAGGUAGGUUACUAUGGUUACCCAGAGACAGAUUGGACUAUGAAGCACUUUCAAUGGAUAAUCUCCUUUAAAUCUCCUUUUUAGUCUAGGAUUAGUCCUAAUCUGUGUCCGGGAAACCGGCAGUAUGUGAUUGGCCAAUGGUUAAGUGCAGACAGCUGUGUGGGGUGGGCGGCGUUGUAAAUUAGUGGUGCCAUCCGGUUGCUUGAAGUUCUCUUCCCUCAACUAAAAUAUCAACGUUGAAUAUUGAUGACUGAUUUAUUGUGGGUGUGUGUCACCAGCAAAUGCGCCGGACAGGAAACAAGGACGAGAACAAGAGGAUUCUGAUGGAUCUGGAUGUGGUGCUGAAGAGCCACGACUGCCCUUACAUCAUCCAGUGCUACGGCGCCAUAGUUACCAACGUGAGUCACACACAGAUAAUUUAGUAUGUCACAUCAUUUAAACCACAUUUAUUCUGAUUGACAGAAAUAGCUUCUUUCUUGUAGCAGUUUCACUUUUCUGUUUAAAAUGCCAAUGCUAUGUGACUGACUGUGAUUGGUCCUCAGACGGAUGUGUUCAUCGCCAUGGAGCUGAUGGGGACGUGUGCUGAGAAACUCAAGAAGAGGAUACAGGGACCCAUCCCUGAACGCAUCCUGGGCAAGAUGACCGUGGCAGUGAGUCUCUCUCUCUCAUCUAUUAUCUCUUGCUCUCUCACACCCUCAAUUCAGGCUUUGAACCGAAACUCAAAUGAUGAAUAAAAAAUUGCCCUUCAUUUUCAAUUAGGAUUCUAUUUGAUCAGUUCAUCUCCUGAAUUUAGUUAAAAAUGGAAUUGACCCCAUCCCAUAAAGUGUUGUUUACCUUCUCUUCAAUGUAGUAGUGUGUACCGGCUGUGUGUCUACAGAUCGUGUCGGCUCUGCUGUACCUGAAGGAGAAACACGGUGUGAUCCACCGGGACGUGAAGCCCUCCAACAUCCUGCUGGACAACAAGGGCCAGAUCAAGCUGUGUGACUUUGGCAUCAGCGGACGCCUCGUCGACUCCAAGGCCAAGACCCGCAGCGCCGGCUGUGCUGCCUACAUGGCUGUGAGUCACCUUGGUGGACACACACACCACCAUUACACCCUACCACGUUUAACCUACCGAAGUGAAGGCAGCCAUUUUGAUGCUAAAGCGCCACUAUUUCUCCACCUGGGUUGCUCAUAACUCUGUAAAAAUGCUGAAUGCUGCUGUUCUCUGUAAAUGUUUUUAAUUUCCCUGUGUAUUGGUACAAUAAAUGCUGUUUCCCCCUAACCCAAGCCUGUUUCUCUGCGUGUCCCCAGCCUGAGAGAAUAGACCCUCCAGAUCCCAGCAAGCCUGACUAUGACAUCCGAGCAGACGUCUGGAGCCUGGGCAUCUCUCUGGUAAAACACCUACACUACUACAUCACACCCUAUUCCCUAUGAAGUGCACUUCUUUUGGUCAGUCCUGUGCCUUCGUAUGUGGCCCUGGCCAAACGGUGAGAGCUUUACCUACCUUCUACACUUUGACACUUCUCAAUGUCCCGUCAUCCAUCUGAAAGGAUGGGUGUAAGCAGUGUUAUAACUUGCUCCAUCAAGCCCUUUGGUAGUCUAGGUGGACUUUCCGCCAUAUUGUUUACACCCAUCCAGCUUUUCACAUCUACAAGGGAGCAUGAAAUACUGUCUAGGUUAGGGGCUAAGGGUUGAUUUCUAAACAGUGAAGAGGUUUGAUAACUAGUCUUAGUAACCUGUCGUUGUGAGUGUAAAGGCUGGUUUACAGUCAGUCUAUCGACAUGUCUGUAGACAAUUUUCGUAGCGACAACAUGAACUUUCUUUUGUCGUCCAACAUCAAACUUGUUGUCGUUAUGAAAAAGUAUAAACACAAAACGACAUCAGCAGCCCGGUGCUCCAAAUAGCAUACUUUCUCUAUUUUAAUGCCGAUUAACGCUGUAAUGUGUCGUCUCGGCCUGCAGGUGGAGCUGGCCACAGGACAGUUCCCCUAUAAGAACUGCAAGACAGACUUUGAGGUCCUGACCAAAGUGCUGCAGGAAGACCCUCCCUCGCUCCCCCUCAGCAUGGACUUCUCCCUUGACUUCCAGUCCUUCGUCAAAGACUGGUGAGACAAAACGCACACACAUUGUGACUCAUUGAGAUAGUUUAUUAAUUUUUGUGGUCUUACUGCUCUCAAAACCAUUCUCUAGUGAAAGGACAGUUGCUAAGUAAUAUCACGUGCUUUGUCUAUGUUAAUUUUUCCGUCAUUGACUGCCUCUUUCCACAGCCUCACAAAGGAUCACAGAAAAAGGCCAAAAUACCACAAGCUGCUCGUAAGUCUCUCCUCUCCAGCUAUUCACCACCACUCUAAAUCGUGAUUUGGGAUUACAAGAAAGGGACAGAAAGAGAAUAAUAUUGUCUGAAUGAAAUGUUUAUUAGAAAGAAAAAUCUGUACAUUAGAGAGAAAGGGAAUGGACGCAGUGUUCUAACUCUCCUCUCUUCUGCUCUUCCCCCUCCCCACUCCCUCUCACUGUUAUCCCUCCCUCCCCCCCCUCCCCCAGGAGCACAGUUUCAUUCGGCGCUAUGAGGUGCUGGAGGUGGACGUGUCGGGCUGGUUCCAGGCAGUGAUGGAGCGCACUGAGUCACCGCGCAGCAGCCAAUGUUACAGCCAGCACCAGCUCCACUCGCUCUUCAGCAGGUAGCCCCCAGCCACUGGCCCCGCCCCGGAGCCACUGGAUCCUGCAGCCGGGAGACCCCGGAGAGGGACGUAGAGUUGGAGACACGGAGUAGGCCUAUAACCCUAGACAGACAGACUGGCUCGGUGGAUUGAUUGAUUGAUUCUGGAUCAGGACAGACAGACACGGGGGAGCGUAGUGCUUCACACUGUAGUUAGGCGUCAUAAGAAGUCAUAUCAGCACACGUACAUUAUUAUCGUGAACACCUCAGCACAUACUGUAGGUUAGUCUGUAUCCAGAAUGCAUGCUCACUUGUCCAUCCGUUAGAUACUGACGUACAGUAGUGAUACUGUAACUGCAUUUACAUGGUUAAACACAUACAUAAAUACUACUCACUCACUAGUCAUAUCUCGCUCGCCUGUAUAAUCUUGUUCAGCUCCAGCUCAGGCCCUAGUCAUAGCUAUGGGGUCUGACAACAGAGUAGUCGAUACACACUGGAGCAGAUUUCUGCUACAUCAUGUAGUGUUAAGACAAUGUAAGAGUCCCUACGGCAAGCCCAGAGGCCCAGUUUCAUCCACAGUGAUGGCUAGGCUCAGAGGUGGAAGGUUCAGUGCAAUAUUCAGCCGGGUAUUAUUAUUUCUAUACUUACUCUUCAACAGGUUGUGUGUGAGUUUGAGUGUGUGUGCGAAGACACAAGGGGAAGUGUGACUUUUCUGGAUGGCAUAUAGCUGUCCCACUAGUUCUAACACACAAACUAGACCCGCUGUAUUUGUAGAUGAGCGAAACAUUAACUUUGAUUCAAAUGCUUAAAGAGAAUAUGGACAAGUACAUGUUCUAGCAGCUUUGAAUUGGAAAAACCUGCGAAAAAUACAAAAAAAAGUAGGGUUAUGCGUAGCUCUGUAGAAAAGGUGUUUUGUAUUUAUUUUUUGAGUUCAGGGUGGUUUUGAGUGGAACUGGAUAACAGGUGGGAGAGAUGGAGGGACACAAAGGAGGAGAAAAGGAUGA